AUGUCGAUUUCUCCGGAUUCAAGUUUUGAUGCAAAUGAAAAUUUAUCCUUCAUUACAUCAAACAAAGGUCACCCAUUAUUAGUUAUGAAUGAACAAUUAUACAAAUGUAAUAAGAAGACGGCCCGUAAAAAAUAUUGGAUUUGUAUUGUUAGUGGAUGCUCAAUGGUAGUUCACACGGAUGAAAAUGAUGUUUAUUUAUACGGAGGUAAAUGUGAUCAUCAUCAUGAAUCGAAUUCAGAUGUAAUUCAGACGACACACCUUCGUCAACAAAUGAAGGAACGGGUUUUAAAUGAGUUAACACCUAUCGGCCUUAUAUAUGAAGAAGAGAUGGCUAAAGCGCCACUCAGUACUGCCAGUGUUGCUACAUUUCCAGCAAAUCAAGAAAUACAUCAAACCUUCGUCAAAGCUCGCCGAAAAAUUCUUCCAAUUCUUCCUCAAUCAUGUUUAUUUACUAUUCCGGACCCCUUUAAAUUGACAAUUGAUGGCAAACGAUUUCUAUUACUAGAUGAAUCACGCGUGCGACGUGAACGUCUGCUCCUAUAUGCGAGUGAUCUUCAACUAGACAUAUUAUUUGAUUCAGAAACUAUAUAUAUGGAUGGUACAUUUUCGAAAGCUCCUUCUCAUUUUCUCCAAAUUUAUAUUAUUCACGGAAUCAAGCAAGGUGCACGUGUUCCAUGUUUAUUUGCAUUGAUGGUAAAUAAAAAGGGAGCUACUUAUCGUCAACUAUUUUCAGAGUUAAAGAAUUUGACUUCGGAUCGUGAUAAAAUUUUUUUACCAAAAUUAAUUGUUACUGACUUCGAAUCAGGCGUAAUCCCGGUAUUGAAGACAGAAUUUCCAUCGGCAAAACACUACGGCUGUUAUUUUCAUUAUACACAGUGCGUUUUCAGGAAUUUAAAAAAGCUGGGAAUGCAGUCAAAAUAUGCCAGUGAUGAAAGUGUACGUAGCCUUUGCAAGAAGUUGAUGGUACUUGCAAUGAUGCCAGAAAACAAGGUAUCGUCUGCAUAUGAUGAAAUUAGCCACGAUGCUCAAAUGUUGCCUGGCUCACCAAUGGAACCCCUAUUGAAUUACUUUGAAAAAAAUUGGUUAUCGAAUAUCGAUAUAUGGAAUGUGUAUGGAGCUGAGUCAAGAACGAAUAACAUCUGUGAAGGUAAUAUUGAAAAAGACUUUGCUUCAAUAAAUAUUUGUUUUUCAAGCCUAUCACAGCAGAAUUAA